AUGGCUGAGGUGAGGGCCCGGGCGGGAGGCGGUGCCUGAGGCGGACCCCCCCCCCCCGCUAUCCAGGGCGGAGCGGGCCGGGCGUCACGUGCCGCUCUGCGGAGGCCGGGCGGGCUGCGAGCAUCCCCGGAGCUGCGGCGAGCGGGGCGGUCACGGCGGGGAGCCGGAGCGAUUGGGAUUGGUGUGUUUAAAGAAUAAACAACAAUUCCACAAUGGAAGAAAGGGCAAAUGGUACAGUGGCUCAUAACUCACUGGCUGGAUACUCUCCCAUCAAGGAAGCAGGCAAGCCAGAUUCAAGUGACAGCUGUGAAAUGUAUGAAAGAAACAAAGAAACCAUGCAGCUGAAGAAAGAAAUCUCUUUGCUUAAUGGAAUCAGCCUCAUUGUAGGCAACAUGAUUGGUUCAGGUAUCUUUGUCUCGCCUAAAGGAGUUCUCAUCUACAGUGCCUCCUAUGGAUUGUCGCUAAUAAUCUGGGCAACUGGGGGGCUUUUUUCAGUGUUUGGAGCUCUCUGCUAUGCUGAACUGGGAACUACUAUUACCAAGUCAGGAGCCAGCUAUGCAUAUAUCUUGGAGGCCUUUGGGGGCUUUAUUGCUUUUAUUCGCUUAUGGACCUCAUUAUUAAUUGUUGAGCCAACUAGUCAGGCAAUUAUUGCAAUAACCUUUGCUAACUACAUUGUGCAGCCUGUCUUCCCUUCUUGUGAGCCUCCUUAUGUUGCCUGUCGUCUCAUCGCAGCUGCUUGUAUAUGUCUUCUAACAUUUAUAAAUUGUGCCUAUGUUAAAUGGGGAACAAGGGUGCAGGAUGUAUUCACGUAUGCUAAAGUCAUUGCCCUUAUUGUCAUCAUCAUAACAGGAAUUGUUAGACUAUGCCAGGGACAUUCAGGACACUUUCAGAACUCCUUUGAGGGAUCUUCUUGGGACCUAGGAGACAUUUCUCUUGCACUGUAUUCUGCCCUGUUCUCUUACUCAGGCUGGGACACCCUUAAUUUUGUAACAGAAGAAAUCAAAAAUGCAGAAAGGAAUCUGCCACUGGCUAUUGCAAUUUCUAUGCCCAUUGUGACGGUUAUCUAUAUUUUGACCAACAUAGCUUACUAUACAGUGCUGGAUAUUAAUGCUGUUCUUUCUAGUGAUGCUGUGGCGGUGACAUUUGCUGACCAGGUGUUCGGCAUUUUCAGUUGGACAGUUCCUGUUGCUGUAGCUGUUUCAUGUUUUGGUGGACUUAAUGCAUCAAUUUUAGCAUCAUCUAGGCUAUUUUUUGUAGGAUCCCGGGAAGGUCAUCUCCCUGAUCUAUUGUCCAUGAUCCAUAUAGGAAGGUUCACACCUGUACCAGCGCUGCUCUUUAAUUGUACUAUGGCCCUCAUUUAUCUGACUGUAGAAGAUGUCUUCCAGCUUAUUAACUACUUCAGUUUCAGUUACUGGUUUUUUGUGGGACUAUCAAUAGCUGGCCAAUUAUACCUCCGCUGGAAGGAACCAGAUCGACCCAGGCCUCUCAAGCUGGGCUUGUUUUUCCCAAUAGCUUUCUGUAUAUGCUCAGUAUUUCUGGUGGUGGUGCCUCUGUAUAGUGACACCAUUAAUUCAUUGAUCGGAAUUGGCAUUGCUAUAUCUGGAAUUCCAGUCUAUUUCAUUGGAGUCUACUUGCCCAUAUCCAGAAGGCCUCCAUUUAUCAACAACAUCUUAGGUGCUAUCACUCGAGACAUCCAGGUGCUUUGUAACAGUGUUUUGACAGAGAUGGACAGUAAAGAUAAGAAAUUAGAGACCAAAGCUAACUAAAAAUAUAAAGCAAUUCCA